CGGAUCAUGACCCGAUUAUGGCAGUCAUUGCCAGACCCGAACCGCCCAGUUUUUCUCCAUUUAUAUAAUUGUAUAUACCCCUACAUUUCCUACUCUUUAGCCUCCAAUUACAAAUUUCACUAGGUUGCAUGUUUGUUUGAGAGGACCCAAGUUAGGCCACUAAAUGUGUAGAAAGCUACCUUAUCUUGUUAGUACAAACUACAAAACCACCCAGCUAUCACUUUUUGUUAAAGCACAGUUUUCACUUAUUUGAAGUUGUUUUGAACUUUUGAUCAUUUUUUUGAAUCAGUCUCUGAACGUUUCUAUGAAAUGGACGUGCUCGAGAGACAGUGGAUGAAUAUGAAGUGGCAAAAAUCAGCUACUCAUCUGAAUGAGGAUUAUCGGUUGAGUAUGUUUUCUAUACCUUCCAUUCAAGAUCAACAGUUUCAAGGUUUGGUUGAGAGUGAUCAAGGUAUUGUAGAACUCGUGGCUCAGGCAAAGAAACCAGACCCGGUUAUGGAAAAUGGAAGGAAUAAUUUUUGCAGAGCUGAGAAUAGUUUGAAUUAUGCUAGUUGUGUAUAUUGGAAUGGGUCUGAGUUUGAAAUGAAUUAUGCGAUUCCAACAACAGCCAGCUGCCCACCAGAAGUAGCAGUUGCCAACAAAGUGAAGGAGGUGGCCCUGCCGGAAAAGCUGGGCUCUGCAGCCAGAAGAGAAAGUUUCAAGAAGAGGAAGUCCUACAAGGCUAGGGAACUUAAGGUAGUUGCAGAAGAACAAAACAGAGAGAAAAAGGCCAAGGGACGUGUAGAAGAGGAGGAUUCUAAGAUCACAAAGCAAAAUAGCAACAGUAAGAGAACCACCACCACUAGUAACAACAACAAAGAAACUUCUGCCGAUAAUUCGAAGGGGAAUUCAAAGCUCUCCGAGAUUCCAAAGCCCGACUACAUUCACGUUCGAGCAAGACGUGGGCAAGCCACUGACAGCCACAGCUUGGCAGAAAGAGUAAGGAGGGAAAAAAUUAGUGAAAGAAUGAAGUACCUGCAAGGUCUAGUACCUGGAUGCAAUAAGAUCACUGGGAAAGCGGGAAUGCUCGACGAAAUCAUCAACUACGUCCAAUCACUCCAAAGACAAAUAGAGUUCCUAUCCAUGAAACUCGCUGCAAUCAAUCCAAGCCUUGCAUUUGACAUUGAAAACUUCAUGGUUGAAGAGAUGUUUCUAGCUAGUACAUCUAGCAUUCCCACAGCUGGGGUGUCAUUCGAUGUCAUUAAUCCUUCUCACAUUCAGUUCAACUCAUUACAGCAAGGAGUUUCAUGUUAUGGUCUAGAAACGGAUGUAAAUCCUCCUGACAUAAUGCUCCGAAGAACCAUCAGUUCUCCUGUAUUAAUGCCAGAGAUACUUCUAGAAUCGUCCUAUUUAAAUGCAAGUAUUUCUACAUUUUCAUCUUCAGGUUUCACAGAAGCAGGCAAUGUGGAGCUGGAGAAGUGAAACACUAGUCGAAUCUAAAUGUUACUGAUAUCCAUUCCUUUUCCUAUUUCCAAUUGCAUAUCGUAUAUACAGUUGUAGUAUAGAAAUAUUUGUAAUGAUAAUGUUUGUCU